CUUAAGUACACUACUUGAGUACUGAGUUCGGCUUUGGAUCUGCUCUUGUGUUUCCUGCAGCGUGGUCGGACCUGCGAUCACCUUCAGGAUCAGACCGAACUCCAAGAACCUGACGGCUGGAGAUGUGGCAGAGAAGGCGGUUGCAGAGAAGAACUUUCUGGAGUCUGAGACGGGCCUGAAGGUGCUGCAGGGCGGUGUCGGAGAGAGGAAUGAUGGGAAAGCGCUGCCCGUGGCGACCCGAGUCCAGCCCGGCUCCCGCGUGGUGUUCUCCACGCUGGUGGCCAUGGCCUGCAUUGGCGGCAUCCUGGUGGCGGCCAUGACCAUCGCCUGCCUGCGCCACCACGCCCACCGGCUGGCAGCGAAGAAGCUGGGUCUGGGACCAGAGGGGGGCAGCUUCAGCCACCAGGAGUACCAGGACCUGUGUCGCCAGCACAUGGCCUCCAAAGGAGCCUUCGGACGCAUGGAAGCCGCUGCCCUCGGCGCCGUGGGAGGUGCGAGCGGAGGAGGAGGAGGAGGAGGAGGAGGAGGAGGAGGAGGAGGAGGAGGAGGAGGAGGUGGAGGUGGUGGUGGUGGAGGAGGAGGGGGUGCUGGUGUCGGGGGAGGAGGAGCAGGAGCAGCGGGAGGAGGAGGUGCAGACUCGAGGGUGAGCAGCGUGUCGUCCCAGUUCAGCGACGGAGCCCAGCCCAGUCCGAGCUCCCACAGCAGCACGCCGUCAUGGUGCGAGGAGCCGGCGCAGGCCAACAUGGACAUCUCCACCGGUCACAUGAUACUGGCCUACAUGGAGGACCACCUGAGGAACAAGGACCGUCUGAUGAAGGAGUGGGAGGCUCUGUGCUCCUACCAGGCCGAGCCCAGCGCCGUCUCUGUGGCUCAGAGCGACGCCAACGCCAAGAAGAACCGCUGCCCCGACUCCGUGCCCUAUGACCACUCGAGGGUGAAGCUGAAGGCGGAGGUCAACCCGUCACGCUCUGACUACAUCAACGCCAGCACCAUAAUUGAGCACGACCCCCGGAUGCCUGCCUACAUCGCCACCCAGGGCCCCCUGUCACACACCAUCUCUGACUUCUGGCAGAUGGUGUGGGAGAACGGCUGCACCGUGAUUGUGAUGAUGACGGCCCUGGUGGAGGACGGAGACAAGCAGUGUGACCGCUACUGGCCUGAUGAGGGCUCGUCCCUCUACCACAUCUAUGAGGUCAACUUGGUGUCGGAGCACAUCUGGUGCAACGACUUCCUGGUGCGGAGCUUCUACCUGAAGAACGUGCAGACGCAGGAGACCAGGACACUCACGCAGUUCCACUUCCUCAGCUGGCCGGCACAGGGCAUCCCCACCUCCACACGCCCCCUGCUGGACUUCCGCAGGAAGGUGAAUAAGUGCUACCGAGGACGAUCCUGCCCCAUCAUCGUGCACUGCAGUGACGGUACAGGCCGGACUGGGACUUACAUCCUGAUCGACAUGGUUCUCAAUCGCAUGGCUAAAGGUGUGAAAGAGAUCGACAUCGCUGCUACGCUAGAGCAUGUCCGAGACCAGAGGCCUGGGAUGGUUCGCACCAAGGACCAGUUUGAGUUCGCCCUGACAGCCGUCGCUGAGGAGGUCAACGCCAUCCUCAAAGCUCUGCCCCAGUGAAACCAGUAUGACCCCGCACCCUCGCCCUGUCAUAACUUGCCUUUUCUCUCUAUGAUUAUCAUGAAGAAGUGCUUCUCCAUCUGCCCUCUGAAACAUAAAGAUUUAAAAACAAUUUGGAAAUAAGGUUUAGAAUCAGGCGACUUUAAGGUUAGGACGGAUUUUUAAAUAUUUGUUCAGGGGUUAGAGAUGCAAAAAAAGAAGUGUUAAAAAUGAAAGCGGGUUGGUUGUUUGUUGAAAUUGUGCUACUGUUGGGUCAUCAUGUUUGUUUUUUGUCUCUCUUGUCAAGGUAAAAUUAUUGAUGGGAAAAAAGUGUUAAAAGAUCCCUGGUUAAGUACAGGAUGUUUUGCAAUGCGGUUAGGGGUGAAUUCUGAUUGAUUGCACAUCUGUAGCUUCCCUUCCUCUCUAACACCUGACUAACACCUGCAGAAAAUAAAAACACCGUACCGUCCUUCUCUUUGUGUGCCAUCAUCACUGGAUAUAGUGUUGUUACCUCAUGCAAAUCAGAAAAUUAAAAAAAAAAAGAAAGAAAGAAGAGAAAUUGCUAUUCUAUGAAAAAAAGAAAAGCUAUUUUGUAUAUGUGAGUCCUUAAAUAAAUCUUUUCGUGUUUAAGUGCUGCAAUCAG